AUGAACCUCCUUCGACCCGUGGCGCAGGCAGAAACCGUGGAAAUCUACUUCCUAUCACAGCAGGCCCGGUUCAAGCUCAUCCGGGAGUCCAAUGUCGACGCUCCGGAUCUCCGAAAGCUGCUGGCACACGCAAAUCUCGUCGACCUGCUGGCAGACGAGCUGCAGAGCCGAAAACCAAAGUCCCGGAUCCAUUUUGCACAAACAGUGAUCCCAGAAACGUUCCAGGAGAGCGGCUGGCAGACGGCCAAUUACGAUAGUAGUGACGACGACAGCAGCAGCAGCAGCAGUAGUGACGAAGAAGACGAUCAAGACGACCAAGAGAAUGAAGAAGGAGAACUCAUAGAGAUUGAGUACGUGGAGGACCAUGUCGCAUUAGUCGGACAAGGACUCUUGUCACACGCAGACCCGGGAAUGUCCCUAAAAGUGCAUGGAUUGCACCACCAAAGAGGACCAUGCGAAGCUGCUCUAUCUCUAUAG